GGGAGAAUGGCUGAUGGAAGAAAGGAGCCGGGCAGAACGGUUGGGAGAGAUAAAAGUCAAGGUGAAGGACGUCCUCUUCGUCGUGUUUGUGGACCCUGAGAAUUCUCGUACCCCGGGCGCCAUGUACAAUACGGUGUGGAGUAUGGACCGCGAUGACGCAGACUGGAGGGAGGUGAUGAUGCCCUAUUCGACAGAACUGAUAUUUUAUAUUGAAAUGGAUCCUCCAGCUCUUCCACCAAAGCCACCUAAGCCAAUGACUUCAGCAGUUACAAAUGGGAUGAAAGACAGUUGCGUUGCUCUUCAGGAUGCAGAAUGGUACUGGGGGGAUAUUUCCAGGGAGGAGGUAAAUGACAAAUUACGGGACAUGCCAGAUGGUACCUUCUUGGUUCGAGAUGCCUCAACAAAAAUGCAGGGAGAUUAUACUUUGACUUUGAGGAAAGGAGGCAAUAAUAAGUUAAUAAAGAUCUAUCAUCGGGAUGGUAAAUACGGCUUUUCUGAUCCUUUGACAUUUAAUUCUGUGGUGGAGCUCAUUAACCACUAUCAUCAUGAAUCUCUUGCUCAGUACAAUCCCAAACUUGACGUGAAGCUGAUGUACCCAGUGUCCAGAUAUCAACAGGAUCAGUUGGUAAAAGAAGAUAAUAUUGAUGCAGUAGGCAAAAAACUUCAAGAGUACCACUCUCAGUAUCAGGAAAAGAGUAAAGAAUAUGACAGGCUAUAUGAAGAAUAUACCAGAACAUCCCAGGAAAUACAAAUGAAGAGGACUGCCAUUGAAGCUUUUAAUGAAACAAUUAAAAUAUUUGAGGAGCAAUGUCACACACAAGAGCAAUAUAGCAAAGAAUAUAUUGAGCGGUUUCGCAGAGAAGGAAAUGAAAAGGAAAUUGAACGAAUUAUGAUGAAUUUUGACAAAUUGAAAUCACGUCUUGGUGAGAUUCAUGAUAGCAAAAUGCGUCUGGAACAGGAUUUGAAGAAACAAGCUUUGGACAACCGGGAAAUAGAUAAAAAAAUGAACAGUAUCAAACCUGACCUGAUCCAGCUGCGCAAGAUACGAGAUCAGCAUCUUGUGUGGCUUAAUCACAAAGGAGUGAGACAGAAGCGCCUCAAUACCUGGCUGGGAAUAAAAAAUGAGGAUGUUGAUGAGUCCUAUUAUAUCAAUGAGGAAGAGGAAAACCUGCCACAUUAUGAUGAGAAAACUUGGUUUGUUGAGGAUAUCAAUCGAGUACAAGCCGAGGACUUGCUCUGUGGGAAGCCUGAUGGUUCAUUCUUAAUUCGUGAGAGCAGCAAGAAAGGAUGCUAUGCUUGUUCUGUAGUUGCUGAUGGGGAGGUGAAGCACUGUGUGAUCUACAGUACGGCACGAGGAUAUGGCUUCGCAGAGCCCUACAACCUGUACAGCUCCCUGAAGGAGCUGGUGCUCCACUACCAGCAGACAUCCCUGGUCCAGCACAACGACUCCCUCAAUGUCAGGCUUGCCUACCCUGUCCAUGCACAGAUGCCUUCGCUCUGCAGAUAAAGAGGGAGUGGGAAGAGUUGGCUCUCCAGCAUUUUUUCUACCGUUUUUAUUAGACUAUGAUGAGGGCAUUCUUUCUACGUAGACUGCUUGUUUUGCACAAGAAGUGAUUCUGUGAAUGUGAAGUGGAGAGGCCGACCAGUAGCCGGCCGGGAUGGGGGAAUAAAUAAAGGGGCCUGGGGUUUCUGGGACUCAGCUGUACUGCUGCACUGAAAAAGUAAGCAGAUGUUGUUUUUGGAAAGUUUGUUUUGUUGGGGUUUUUGUUUUUGUUUACCAGGCACCCUCAGCAGAACACACUAGGCUCCAUGGAGGCAGGGGGUGGGAGUUACAUUUGGAAGCCUCUGAAGAGUCCAUAUUCUCUUUUGGUCUUCAGCUCUGAGAAUGUAACAGGGGCUUGGCUCUGUUGGGAAUUGUUUUGCUCCUAUAAUCUCUUCAUUCCAAAAGUAAACACUUUUUUUUUUCUUCUGUGGUAGAAUGGGAUUUGUUUUUUUUUUUUUUGGGGGGGGGGACAAAAAAAAAGACAACCAAAGGAAAAUAAGGAGGCUUGGGGUUUCAUGAAAGAAUCUAAGGCAAGAGGGUACAAAAAAACCCUUCAGUGGGUGGUUUUACUUACCAACAUAAUUUAGGCUUCAGCGUACUCUCUUCAGCAUCGUUUUAACCAGUAAAAUGAUGUUUGUUUCACAACGAGGGAGAAGGUGACAUGAGCAGCUGAAUGCACAUUUUUGUACCCAAACUUGAAAAUAAGAAAACUACAUGUGAGUUUUUUGCAAACAAAUUGGUCGAUGUAUUUCCUUUUGCCCUGCCUGUUUCUCAGACAUGAGGAAUAGCAUUGUUUUUGUGGGGAUAGUGAGAUUUGAAUCAUACAAUGAAGUUGGUGCUUUUGUGGUGUUUCCUUAGCCUAAAGAAUGAUGUUUGAAACUUUUGUAACUUGUUUGUAUGAGAAAAGAAAAGGUGCAAUCCAGUGCUUUUAGAUGGCUUGAUAUACCAAAUAAUGAUAGAACAACAUUGUUAUAUGUGCUUCCCCAAGUUUAAAGGGCCCUACAAAAACAUGAUAUAUGGUUUGCUUUUCCUUCAUCUCCCCACCCCCCUUUUUUUUUUUGCUGGAUAGUGUUAAGGGAGUCCUUAAGUGGCUAAGGAGGGAAUCAGAUUGUGGCCAGAGGCCUAAGAAAUCAGACUCAGGGCCCCUGGUGUCCAGGGUGAGGGUCAUACCACAUUAUAACAUGCUUCCAUACAGUGGUUUCUGAAGCUUUUGCAGGGAGAAAACAUGGCUUGGAGUUCAGACUGUUGAUAGAAAUCAUCUGGAAGCUUUUCUCUGCCUUUUUUUUUUUUUUUUUGAGCCUGCCAUUAAAGCAAUGUGCAGCCUGCCCUCAUGCUUCAGUGGCUGUGAUUUUAUGCCAGGAAUCUUCUGCCCCAUGUAGUUUAAACCUUCUAGCUGAGGCAAAUGAAGUGGAGGGAAGGCCAUCUACUCCUGCCUUCAUUAUGCUCCACAGUCAUCAGUCAACACUCAUUUGACAAAUAGUCCAGCUUGCCUCCAAGCCAAUCCUGGAACUAUAAUAGGCUGAGUGUGACUCAGCUGUUUGAGCCCAGAGAUGUGCAGUCAGGCAUCCUAGCUGAGCUAGAGGAGCAGCCAGUAUCUGGGUCUUGGUUCAUAAAGUUUAUAGCUAGGAAAACUAGUUUGGGGGAUAAAAGAAAAACAGUACUUUCCCUGAAUGCUUACUUCAGUGAAAGUGUCUAGAAUGGACCAUGAUGUAGACAUGGACAUAGAUUAAAUAAAAAAA